AUGUGGGAGCUCUUGGCUCUCUUGCUGCUCACCCUUGCCUAUUUUUUUUGGCCCAAGGUAAAGAGCCCUGGUGCCAAGUACCCCAAGAGCCUUCCAUCGCUGCCCUUGGUGGGCAGCCUGCCAUUCCUCCCCAGACAUGGCCAUCCGCAUGUGAACUUCUUCAAGCUGCAGGAAAAAUAUGGCCCCAUCUAUUCCUUUCGUAUGGGUAGCAAGACUACAGUGAUGAUCGGCCACCACCAGCUGGCCAAGGAGGUGCUUAUCAAGAAGGGCAAAGAAUUCUCCGGGCGGCCCCAAGUGACGACUCUAGACAUCCUGUCAGACAAGCAAAAGGGCAUUGCUUUUGCCGACUACGGUGCCGCCUGGCAGCUGCAUCGGAAGCUGGUGCUGGCCACCUUUGCCUUGUUUAAGGAUGGCAACCUGAAGCUAGAGAAGAUCAUAUGUCAGGAAAUCAGUUCCUUUUGUGAUUUCCUGGCCACACAUAAUGGACAGUCCAUAGAUUUGUGCUUGCCUCUCUUCUUGGCGGUGACCAACAUAAUCUGCUUGAUCUGCUUCAACACCUCCUACAAAAAUGAACAUCCUAUACUGAAGACCAUACAGACAUACAAUGAAGGCAUCAUGGCUUCUCUGGGCAAGGAGAGUAUGGUAGACAUAUUCCCUAAUUUGAAGGUGUUCCCCAACAAAACACUGGAAACAAUGAAGAACAGUAUUAAAAUACGAAAUGUUUUGCUGACUGAAAUCUAUGAAAAACAUAAGAAGAACUUCAGCAGCGAUUCUGUCACUAACUUGGUGGACAUACUGAUUCAAGCCCAGAUGAAUUCAGUCAAUAACAAUGCUGGCUCAGACCUGGAUUCAAAGCUGCUUUCAGAUCAACACAUUCUCGCUACCAUAGGGGACAUCUUUGGGGCUGGUUUGGAGACCACUACCUCCGUGGUGAAGUGGACUGUGGCCUUCCUGCUGCACUAUCCUCAGUUGCAAAAGAAGAUUAAGGAGGAGAUUGACCAGAAUGUAGGUUUUGGCCGCACACCAACUAUCAGUGAUCGAAACCACCUUGUCCUGCUGGAGGCCACCAUCCGAGAGGUGCUUCGCAUUCGCCCUGUGGCCCCUACACUCAUCCCCCACAAGGCUAACGUUGACUCCAGCAUCGGGGAGUUUGCCAUUGACAAGGGCACCAAUGUUGUCAUCAAUCUGUGGGCACUGCAUCACAAUGAGAAGGAAUGGCACCGGCCGGACCAGUUCAUGCCCGAGCGCUUCCUGGACCCCACGGGGAGCCAGCUCAUCUCGCCAUCCUCAAGCUACUUGCCCUUUGGAGCAGGACCCCGCUCCUGCAUAGGGGAGAAUCUGGCCCGCCAGGCGCUCUUCCUCUUCAUGUCCUGGAUGCUGCAGAGGUUUGACCUGGAGGUCCCAGAUGAUGGGCAGCUGCCCUCCCUGGAGGGCAUCCCCAACGUGGUCUUUCUGAUCGACUCUUACAAAGUGAAGAUUAAAAUGCGCCAGGCCUGGAAGGAAGCCCAGGGUGAGGGUAGCACCUAG